UGGCCUCAUUGUAAAUCUCGAACUCUUGGCACGGCUCGUGCUGAAUCGUGGAAUAAUGAACAAAGAGCGUCUGGCCAAAGUGACACCUAAUGAAAUAACUUUGCAGGGGCAUUAAAAGAGGAGGGAGUGUUGGAGGGGUGUUGAUGUGAGAGAAUGUUUUGGCACUUUUUCCUUCAGUGCCCUACAGACACACAGCUGCCUAUUGGACCCUGAUUAUGAGUGUGUUCUGAACAGAGACGGCUUCUGGGAAAGUUUCCAGCUCUGGGCGCUCGUGUAUAUAUUCAGCCUCCAUGCCACUGGAAACCGACAGGCAACACCCCGGAGCUGCUCGUCACACCCCUCCUGGUUCGCUAUGGCAACCGAUCACCAGAACCCUACAACCAAACAACAGACUCCUGCAUCCAGCACUUUCAAGCUGAUCGUCUACGAACAGGAGAACUUCCAAGGUCGCUGCCAGGAGCUGACGGGGCCCUGUAGCAACCUGCAAGAGGCGGGUGUGGAGAAAGUGGGCUCCAUACUGGUGCAGUGUGGACCGUGGGUGGCGUACGAGCAGCCCGGCUGUAAGGGUGAGCAGUAUGUGCUGGAGAGGGGUGAGUAUCCUCGCUGGGAUGCCUGGACCAACAGCCGGCGCAGUGACUGCAUCUUCUCCUUCCGCCCCAUCAAAGUGGACAGCCAGGAGCACAAGAUCGUGCUAUACGAGAAUCCCAACUUCGCAGGCAAGAAGAUUGAGAUCAUAGAUGAUGACGUGCCAAGUUUCCACGCUCACGGCUACCAGGAGAAGGUUUCCUCGGUCCGAGUGCAGAGCGGCACCUGGGUGGCGUAUCAGUACCCGGGGUACAGAGGGUACCAGUACCUGUUUGAGAAGGGCGAGUAUAAGGAGAAUUCUGAAUUCGGGGCUCAGGUGCCUCAGAUCCAGUCGGUGAGAAGGAUCCGUGACAUGCAGUGGCACCAGAGAGGAGCUUUCCACACCUCUGACUGAUCUUCCUCUCCUCCUCUCCUCUCCUCUCCUCCUCAUGAUGAUUCCUCUGAUGACAGAUUGUCAUUUUUGUGCUUCUGCUUAAUGAAUAAAUAAAAGCAUUUUGCUUUA